AUGACUAUUACUAUUGGACAGAUCGAUGAAAAUUUUGGAUUCAAAGAAAAAUGUCAGGUUCCCGAAGCAGCAGUGACAUUUCUGCUAGAAAACAUAAGCCAAGCCCUGCAACACUACUACCAUUUGAUCGGCGAUGCGAGGGGAAAUGUUGCGGAGCUUCAACAACAACUGGAGGAGUUAAAAAGCGUGAUGAACGAUUUCUCGAGGUAUAAUCACGACAGUGAAAUCGUGGAAGGCGUCGUGAAGGAUAUCAAGGCCGUAAUCUUUGAAGCUGAGGAUGCAGUGGACACUUUCUUGCUUUAUGCCGGCGCGCAGAAAGCGAGGAGUUGGUUGGAAAGAGCUUAUCAUCAGAUCACUGAUUAUCCAAAGAAACUUUUGGAAGUUGGGGAAAAAAUGAGAAGGGUCAGUGAGAAGAUUAAGGUUAUUAAUCAGGAUGGAGUUAACAGAGGUAUUCAGCUUUUACAGCAUCAAGCUGCAAUCAAACUUAUUCAAGAUGAUGAUAAAACCGCCUUUAAAGAGGCGCCAAAAGUUGAAGAGCAACAUGUGAUUGGGUUUGAUGGAGCAGCUGAAACAGUGCAAAAACUCCUCACUGAAGGUCCAGAGCAGCUUGAGAUGUCAAUGAUAAGGACACUGGAGAACGCCGAUCCAUAUAAGUUAGACUUCUUGACGCUGGAGAACAGUCCAGAGCUACUCAACCGGAAAAUUUUUCAGGGGAAUGAAUGCCCAAAGCACUUGCAAGAUUAUGAGACCAGAAUUGCUGAGAAGUGUGCUGGAUUGCUUUUGGCGUUAGUUGCUAUCGCAGGUAUCAUUGUGAAUGAUCCUGAGAGCAAUGACCUAUGGAGCAAUGUGGUGCACAGUGUUAAAGACUACAUUUCUAGGGAAAUUGAGGAAACUAGCAAGGUCAUAGAGCUUAUGUUUAAGCACUGGCCGAACAAGUUAAAGUUGUGCUUUCUUUGUCUUGGACUGUUCCGCGAAGACUUUGAGAUUCCAACGUGGAAGUUGAUACGCCUAUUAAUCGCUGAAGGGCUUAUAAAACAAGAGCGAUACUUGAACAUGGAGUAUGUUGCCUUCAAAGGAGUGCACUGGAAGGCAAAUUCUUUCAGCUUGAGAACCUCUAGAUAUUCCAGCUUACCUAAUGUGGACAUUUCUUUCCAGUCCAGAAAAGUUUUGAGCAGUGUGAGCUUCGUUAACUUUUGGGGAAAGCUUCUCUCCGGAGGAAGCCUGUACAAUUGGGCAUUCACAUCAUCAUUCAGCAAUUUCAGAUUUCCAAGAAACUCUAACUUGCUGAGAUAG